AUGGUCGAUUUCGCAGCAGGAGCCUGGCAUUACAUCGCCAUAAUGGAAAAUGGCUCAGUAUACGGUUGGGGAAAAGCACGUCUCGGUCAGCUUGGGGACGGACUGUACGGCGGCAAAGGUAUGGCGCCUAGUCCAAUUGAAGGUAUACCGUUUAAACCCAAGAAAGUGGUAUGUGGCAAAGAUUUCACAUACCUAGUCAGCGAUCCAGCCGAGGGUGAACACCAGCUACUCGGCAAAGACAAGUUCAACAUCAUCUCGAACAUGCCUGAACAUGUCAAGGACUGGAAAGACAUCGGCGCAACAUGGCACGCCAUCUUCGUGCUCUUCGAUGACGGCACUCUUACCGCGUGGGGUAAAGAGAACAUGUGGAAGUUAUUACCACCCAAUCUGCCGCUUCUGGAUAAGAUUGCUGUUGGGUCGGACCACAUCCUCGCUGUAACAAAAGAGGGUGAAUUGAUCUCGUGGGGUUGGGGUAAACAUGGGAACUGUGGCGAUCUCUCAAAUAUCGGAGUCGAUUUAUGGAACGAUAUGGUCAGCGGGUUCUGGAACGAAAUAAGCAUACCAGGAGAGAUCCAGACGAUUGGGGCCGGGUAUUGCACUAGCUUUGUGGUUACGAAACAAGAUUGA